AUGGCAGCCGUACCGAAAGCUCUCGUUUUUUCGUGGAACAGCACAAGAAUUUCUGCCGGUUACGAGUGGGAGUUUGACCGGGUCCAUUCCGUCUUUGUGACAGUGAAUCUGGCUGGAAGGAUGAUCGAGUUGGAUCCGCGCCGGCCGUACCGAUCCUUGCUUCCGUCAAUCGUUCAUCUUCACGAGGUAGAUACCGUAUGGGACGAGGAAAGUGAGGAUGUCGGUCUGGCUGAACGACUGAACCUUAGUGACGAAACCCUCAGUGGCCGUCCUCUCCCGGAACGAACAAGUGAGGAGAUCUUGGAAGAGCUUUUCGCAUCUUCCAAAUACCGCCGCGAUGUAUACAUAUCCGCAUGCAUACGAAGGGACAUCAAUGAGCUGCGACAGCUUUUUGAGACAUAUUCAGAGGACGAUUUUGUUUCGCAACUCAGCGACAAAGGCGACAGCGGCGUGCUACUUGCUGUCACCGAAGAGAACGGACUAGCAAACGGACUAGCAACGGUAAAAUGGCUCCACGAGCGAGGCGCAGCCAUUACGCAUAGCAACCAUUACGGCAGAACACCUCUUAUGGAAGCCGCUCUCUGGGGUCGAUUCGAGAUUGUGCAAUACCUUACGGCCCAAGGUGUUGCUGUACAAGCCCGCGACGGGAACGGUAUGAAUGCGUUGGAGCUGGCCAUGGAUUGCGAGCGCAACGCGGGCGAGCGGGCGUCGCGAGCAGGGCUCAACUACCAAGAACCUGCCUAUGCGGAUAACCAACGAGCCAGAAUCGAAAGCCACUUGAGACGAUUGUCCAAAGUUCCCAGCCGUUCACCGGGAGCUGAAGACCCUUCUCGGCGCGGUUUAUCAUUCUUCCAGCGUACCGCAGACGGAAAUCUUGCGCUGUACAGACCUAAAACUAUCCUUCUGGUCCCGGGCGGACAUCCUUACAAGGCCUUUGCAGAACUUGACCGGGGACCAAAUUACCCAUUAGUGACGGCAAUGAGUGGGUAUACCUAUCCCGCUUGGCCAAACGUCCUCGACAACAGUCUGUGGGCCAAUAGAGCGGAUGAGUUGCGCAGGUAUCGCGGACUUUCGCCAAAUAUUCGUGCCGCUUCACACGUCGAGCCUCAGUUGCCAACAUACCUUCUCUUCCACCAUGAUCUUAUCAAGUUUACUGACGAGGACGGAGACUUUGAACAAGGAGACCUUCAGAGUCUCUUAAACGAUCUACUACCGCUGAACCCAGCCCCAAUCAUCACUGUCAAUAAGGGAUGUUUUUGCACUUCAUGCGAGGGUUUCUAUAGCGCAUUUAGGCGCACAUUUCACCGUCUGAAUGUUCAAUUUCGUUUCCAGGGGGCGGGAAAUGCUAAUCGGCCAGUGUAA